AUGUUGUCCCGGCCGACCUUCAGCAUCCGGAAGCUCAUCCCGAGUCCCCAGAAGAAGCACGAUGGACCGGAGGACUAUGAGGGCUCGUACUUCUACCACGACGACGACGAUGACAUGGACACACUCAGCAAGAUCAAGACUUGGAGACCGCCCAUGGGGCUGAUGAAGCGGUCCAAGCCGAGCAUCGAUAUUCGCCGGAGUGAGGACCUGCACCGCAUCAUUUGCAUUCCGCCGCUACCGGAUACGCCGCAGUCGUCGACCACUUCUUUGUGCAGCAUUGACAAUGGCACCAGCCCACGUUCCUCGCCUCCGCGCCGACCCGACAGGACUCCUUUGGCAAGUCCCCUGAUGAGCCCCCAGCGAAGCCCGCAAAGGAGUCCCCAAAGAAGUCCACUUCUCCUCCCACAGCAAUUCGAUGAUCACCAACAUCCGCGAGGCAGGAGCCCAAUCUCGGCUCGCUCAUUUCAACACCUGCACCCAACGCCACCUGCAUCUCCUCCCCAGCAGGUCGACAUGGCGCUGGAAACACCGCUGACUUCGCCGAACACGGCCCCCUCGACCUCCGCGACCGCCGCCAGCAGCCAGCCGACAUCUCCCGAAGCAAUCACAGUAACUCCACCAACAGAAACGCCCAUUGAAGGCAACAAUGCCGCCCUCUCCCCGGAUGUCCAGCUUCUCACGCCCACGACCCAGAUGGACGAGGAGUCUAAGCUAAGCAAAACGUUGAGCAACGCGAAACUAUCCGACCAUGAGCUGGACAAGUUAUUCAAGCCCAAGAACUCAACAACCAUGUCCCCUCCGGUGCGCAGAAAGUCGCAGAGGCGCAGCCAGGGCUCCGUCAAGUCGGCCAAGUCUCCAACAAAAGCGUCCAAGAAGGACGCUUUGUUGCCCGCCCAAGCCCGACUCCCUUCUAAUUCGAGGCCAAAGCGGGCAAAGUCAAAGAAGUCGCGGAGAGUGCGGCCACGUGCGCCGGUGAGGCAAUCGUCCAUGUGGCAGUUGACCGAAAGCGCCAAAGACUUGUUUACCAUUCGCAUCUUUCACCGAAUUGAAGUCGACGAGAUGCUCCCAGAGAGCACCUUGCGCGAGAUCCGGAUGAGUAGGGCAGCCCAUUGGACGAGGUCUCCAGAGUUGGGCGUGACACACGUCGAUAAGAGCGCAGCCGCCACACCCAUUGAGCCCCUGAGCCUCGACGAGUCCCUCGACCCAGUGGCAGAGGAGGACAUGGCGACGCCUCGUGCCUCUUUGGUGAAUCAGGGAAUGGAGAUCAAUCGGGACGGUUGCCAAACACCAACGCCGCUGCCGGCAGCACAAGUGACAAGGACAGAGGAUGGGUCCAAUGGGCAGGGACAAGCCGAAGGGCAGUCGGAAAAACAACCAUCGCUGCCAUUACAGCAACCGGAUUCGCCAACCGAAGGGAACCUGCCGAUCAUGGGCGUCGAGGAUGACCAAAUCCCCCAGCGCCAGCCGGCCAAGGCCGAGCAUCUGUCGUCGCCCAUGGUGCCGCUGCCGAUGAAGCCUCCGAUGCACCGUCGCAUGCCAAGCAGACAAUUACCUCCUCUCCCCACCAUUCCCGAGAUCAUGACGACAGGCCCCGAGGAGCCCGCCUUCUCGCCGACACCAGCAGCGUCGCAGCCCGGAUCCGCAACCAAGGUAAACCCGGACGAGUACGUUUACCUCAACAGCACCCCUUACACCCUGACCAUGCCGGCCUUCCGACACGGCAAGAUCCGCCUGGCCAAGGCCGACCUGCCCAUCGGCAAGCUGGCCGCGGCCGUCGACGACACGCUCGACUGGACCGCCUUCCAGAUGGCCAUCCUCGGCGGCGCAGGCGACUUCUUCAGCGAGCCGACCGACUACUCGCGCCCCUCGGAGGCGGAGCUCGACGAGCUCGAGGGGCUGACAUCCUGGUUUGCGAGCUUCGGUUUCCAGGGCGCCGGUUCCCUGGUUGGGCCCAGCGACACAUACCCGCGCACCCCGGGGCUCCAGCAGCCGUGGACGCCCGUCCUGCCGCGCACGCCAACCCUGGCCCCUCCGUCCCCCAACCCGUCCACCCCUAACAGCAGCCCGCGAACCGUCAGCGGCACCCGCAGCCCGGUGGGGAUAAUGAGGAGGAUCGACCCGCCGGAAACAAGCGAGUCCUACAACUACCCAGGCCCCUACUUGGCCGCCUCGUUCGGCAGCGACUCCAUCGCAGGCCGCUUCUUUCCCCCGGCCGCGCCAUCGUCAUCAUCGUCGUCGUCGUCGUCUCUUCUCCACCCCGCGCCGGGGACCGCCGGGUAUGCGCGAGGACACCGCCGCAGCGCGAGCAGCACCACCUUUGGCCACCAUCACCAUCACCAGCAACCGCAACCGCAACAACAACCUUUCACCACGCCCCGGGCAUCAACGACACCAUACAACCAUGCUAUGCACAGCUAUGGUUUCCCACCAUCGGCAUCGGCAUCCUUUGGAGGAGAGAGCCGCAACCGUAAUCACGCCGGGCUGGCGAUCGACUCGGAAAAGAGCCGGCGGCCGAGCGUGGAUAGCGUGCAGAGCUUGCCGCAGAGCCCCAUGAUGGAUCUGGUGGUGAGCCAUGACGUUGAGGGGAAUGAGUACAUGGUGCCGAUGGGGUUCAACCUCAGCCAUGACCUGGGAGACUUUUUGACGUGGCAUGCGGAGCAUGUGUCCGGGGCUGGGUUUGGUGGA